CAUUAAACUGUCCUAGUUAAGUACACAUGUAUUAUGUAUUUAAUGGAUACGAUGAAUUAUAUAAAAAGAAUUUUUUUAAACAAUAAAUCAAUUUUGAUGAUAGCACAGCGACGUGCACGUGUGGUCCGCCAUUUCUUUAUUGGCAUCGACUACCAGAUACGCUUCAACUUGUGUCAAAAAUUCGUGAUACUAUGAUAUUAUCGGAGAUAACACAAAUAUUUUCUUGAAAAAUGUAUGGUAAUGGAAGGGAGUCAUUUGACGAAAAAGAGUCAUAAGGAGUGGCGUAAAAUAGCGAAAAGGGAGCAUCGGAGACGUCUGCGUCGUAAAGCGGCCGCUGAACGUGAAGCGAACGAGGAACAACUGAGGGCAGCACUUGUAAAAAGCGCGGAAUAUUUAAAGUGGUUAGAACAGUGUGAAAUUGAGGAGAGGGAAAAAGAAGCUCGAGAAAAGGAAGAGCACGAUCAAAGGGAAAAACAAUGGUUAGAAGAAGAGGUAAAAGCACAAGAAGAAUGGAAAAUUCUACAAGAGAAAAAACAAAAAGCUCGACAGUUACAACUGGAACAGGAAGCGAAAAUACGUCAAGAAUUCGAAGCGAAACAGGAAGCAAUUCGCAAAAAACAGGAAGAAGAAAAACGUAGAAGAGAAGAGGAGAUUAGACAACGGGAACAGCUAUUAAAAGAAAUCGACGACUAUAUCGAUAAUGGGAUCAAGACUCCGGAAGCCUUGCGAGAAGUUAUCGAUAGUCAACCUGGUAAAGAGCUUUGCCCCUUUUUUACAAAGACUGGUGCUUGCAGGUAUGGUGAUACUUGCUCAAGAAAUCAUCGUAGGGUAUGUUUGAGCAAAGUGAUACUAGUACCUAGUUUUUAUACACAUUUUUCCUUGGAGAAAAAUUGCGCGGAAUACGAUACGGAUAUCGCACUCGAAUUUGAAAGUUCAGAGACACGACAGCACUUUCGUGAAUUCUACAAAGACGUAGUUCCUGAAUUGGAAUCAUUUGGAAGGAUAAAAACUUUAAAAUAUUGUUGUAACACCGAAGUUCAUUUACGAGGAAACUUAUAUGUUGAAUAUUACACCGAAAGAGAAGCUGCCAGAGCUUUAAGAAGAUUAAAAGGUCGAUGGUAUGCUGGUCGACAGCUCAAUUGUGAAUUUGUUAAUUUGAAAUCAUGGAGGAGUGCUGUGUGUGGAAUGUCGAAAUGUCCUAAAGGAAGGGCUUGCAAUUUUUUGCACACUUUUAAAAAUCCUCAUGACGAGUACGAUAUCAAAAGCCCACCGAGAUGGGCAAAACAAUUAUCUUCAUCCUCUCAAGAUGUUACAAGCAAUAAAAAAAUCGAACAUAGGAAUAAUCAAAGUGGGAAGAUGGCAGCGAUGUAGAGAAUGGUAAAAAUUGGAGAUGGUCUGAAUCUCCAGAACCGGAGAUAGAACACCGUUCGAAAACCGUUGAAAAACGUCACCAUCAUUCCGAUGAAAGAGAUUCUCGACAAAAAUCGACGCGUGAUAAAUACGAGCAAUCUGAUAAAGAUAGAGUUUCCGAUGAUGAUGAAAUACCUAGAAAACAUCGUAGAUCGAGUUCUAGACAAAAAUUGAAAAGGUCCCGAAAAUAACUAUGUAUUAUAUAUUGAUUAUGAUUAAAAUUAUUAAUUUUUAAGAACCAAA